CUUGUCUUGGCACAUUAGAACUACGUCUUGCUGGUCCAAUACGCAGCCGACACAUUGCCACCUUGACCUGUUCUGUACUUCAGAUUGCUGUGGGCCCGCAUAUUACUGGCAUUUUGGUUCCAGGCCGACACAGCUCGUCUGCCACAGUUACCACCACCCCGAGUCAGGUUAUCUUCCUAGUGAAUUCCCUUUCUACAUGCACUGCUGGCUCAGUUCAAAUUAGGCCUAUAUCGACACAGACACAGUCCGCAAGACCAGCUGGGGAACCACUGGAGUUAUCGAGCCAUAAAUCAUGGCCCAUUAACUCGAAAUCUGCUGCCCAACAACAUUAUGAUUCCUCAGCUAAAAAAGAUAUUCCAGAAGAAGGGCGACAAGAAGAUAUAUGUGGCGCCUACAAAAAAAGUAAAGAUAAUGGAAGCUCUAAAGAAGAGGCUCUCUUUAGUUUGGCUGCACAGUGGCCACAUGAUCGACAUUCCUUGACAGGUAGGUCCUAG